AGUCCAUCUUCGUGCAUUAGUCCAACCAAGCGACUGAAUUGAUCCCAGCCGCACUAAAUGUCUGACAUUCUAUCUCGAGAGUCAACGACCGUUGGCAAGGAGAAGAAGAGGACCCGAGUCCAGCUAUCGUGCACGGCAUGUCGAAGCCGGAAGUUGAAAUGCUGCCGGACACACCCCUGCACGAACUGCAAAAGACGGGGCGAGGCGCAUUCGUGCACCUUUAUCGGGCGCGGCCCUCGAGGGAGGGCAUCCAAUGGACAUGCGAACCCGACUCAGGUCCAGGACCGUCUGCAGCAUUUGGAGAACCUCAUCCUGUCUCUGACGCAGAAGAAAACACUGGAACAAAACCAGGGCGGGUCUGAGGCGCUAGGGGACCGGGAGAAUGGUAGUCCCCAGGAUGACAACCAGGCCAUGCUGGACACGCCCGUGUCGCAUGACAGUGUGGAAACGAAGAAUUCAUCAAUCGAUGCGUCGAGCAAGCUGCUCGUGAAGGAUACGGGCACAAGUUAUAUCGAUGGCGCGCACUGGAGUGCCAUUCUCGAGGAAAUCAAUGGAGUCAAAGAAUAUCUAGAAGAAAGUGAUGAUGUAUCAGACGAGGAAGACGAGGAGGAAGACUCCUCUGAUGUGGCCACUCCGACCCUGCUGUUUGGAUUGAGCAAGCCCGCAAGCAAGGAAGACCUGCUGGCAGAUAUUCCACCUCGACCCGUGACCGACCGGCUGAUUUCUCAGUUCUUCAACAGUAGUGAGCCGUUUAUAGUCAUCUUCCAUAUAUUCACAUUCCAAAGCGAGUAUAAUAAAUUCUGGGAAUACCCAGAAAAGACCUCACUGCCCUGGCUGGGUUUAAUCUACGGUAUCUUAACCAUGUCCGUCUCCAUCCAUCAGCGCCUUCAAGAGCCACUACCCAGCCCUCUCAAAGACCCGGCGAACGCCCUGGCUACGUUUCGCAAACGAACUGCCCAGUGCCUAGCCCAGUCCAACUAUACCAAACCCGGACGGUACAAGGUUGAGGCGCUGUUUCUAUGCACAAUGGGGGAAUUCUACCGCACCAACGACGCCCAGGUGGGCGUAUCGUUCAUGCUCGGACUCACGAUCCGACUGGCAAUGCGCAUGGGGUAUCAUCGAGAUCCACAGCACUUCCCCGGCAUUUCUCCCUUCGACGGGGAGAUACGACGGCGGGUGUGGGGGAUCAUGUCUCAACUGGACUGCCUGAUUUCAUUCCAGGUGGGCGUGCCUCGAACCAUCCAAGACUGGCAGCACGACGUCGAACUUCCGCGAAACCUCUCGGAUGAAGACAUCUAUCCGGACAUGGAGCAGCUGCCGCCGUCGAAACCGGACAACGAGCUGACGGCGACGUCGUAUGCUCGAGCCAAAUCGAGAAUCAUGUCCGUGUUUGGCAAGAUCUCCGACCUGGCGUAUUCGCGAGAGCCAGUCACCUAUGAGAAAACCCUUGGGAUUGACCGGCGUCUUGAAGAGGCCCACAACAUGGUCACGCCGACUUUCAAAAUGCGUCCCCUCGACCAGUCGAUCGCCGACCCGGCAGAGCUGAUCCUCCGGCGCUAUACAUUACAGCUUCUCUACCUGAAGGCGCGAUGCGUACUGCACCGACGGUACCUGGGCGAAGUCCAUUCCGAUCUGCGGUAUGCAUACUCCCGAUGGGUUUGUAUGAGUGCGUCGAAAGAGAUCCUCCGGCACCAGGCAGAUCUGUACCACGAAACGCAGCCUGGAGGGAUUCUGUAUCGAGAACGUCAAUUCCCCAACUCUCUGCAAUAUGCCGACUAUUUGCUCGCCGCCAUGAUCAUCUGCUUGGAACUAUCGUCCAACCCAAUCACGGGCCCGGAAUCGAGCCAGGCGAACGAUGUCGCGGUGGUCAUCAAAGGUCGAGAAGACCUGCUCGCAACGCUCGAGAUGUCUCAUAGCAUCUUUGAAAAGUCCCGCCGACAGUCGGUGGAUGCACAAAAGGCGCACGCCGCUUUGACCAUGAUGCUGCGCCGGGUGAAGAAUGAAUCCCAACUUCUCUCGCCGCAAAAGGUGCCCCAGCUCCACGGCAUAGCGAGCGAAGCUUCUGGAUUACCAACCACCCAACCUCCGGCGUAUGGAAGCUGGCAAGCAUCACAAAAUCCGUCUUAUAGUCUUGGUCUGGACGCCGAUGCCAUGGCCGAUGCGACCAGCAUCAUGCAGCCGCCUUUGGCUUCUCUGGAUGUCAUCGGAGACAUGCUUGACGCACCGACAAACCUCGACUGGGGUCUAUGGGACCAGCAGAUCCAAGGUCUAGAAGAUCGCGGAAUGAGCUUUUGGAAUGACCCCGGGGAGAUAGAUAAAAUGCUUGGGAAUGCGUAGUGCAGUAGAUAGGAGUAUCUCAAUGCCAG